AUGUCGUCAGCCAUUCAGAAACAGAUCGAUGAGGGAGCAGUCCCGAACCAUGUAUCCAACGUGUGUCCAAAGGGCACGAAGAUGUGGGUCCUCGAAGUGGGCUGGCUAGAAGCUGAUGAAGGCUUCGUCGUCCGCGGCGGCAACACCUCUCUCAAAAGCACCGAAGACAAACCCUUCGUUAAUAAACGCCGCAAACUUCCCAUGUAUUGCAUCCUCAUCGAGCACCCCGUCGAAGGCCUCAUACUCUGGGAGACCGGCUGCGGCAAGGACUACCCUACCGUCUGGGGCCCACAGGUCUCGGACAUCUUCGCUCGUGUGCAAUAUGAGCCGAAGCACGAAUUGGAUGCCCAGAUCGAGGCGACGGGACAUAAGGUCGAGGAUGUGAAGAAGAUCAUUAUUGGCCAUUUGCAUCUGGAUCAUGCCGGUGGGCUGGACUUGUUUUUGGAUAGGAAGGACGUGGAAAUUUGGGUGCAUGAUCUCGAGCUGAGGUCUGCCUUUUGGUCUGUGGCUACGGGCGCCGAUGUUGGCGUGUACCUGAAACACUAUCUUAAGCUGGAUCUCAACUGGAAGACCUUCGAUGAGCGGACUUUCGACUUCUGUCAAGGCAUAACACUACAUCACCUGCCAGGACACACAGACGGCUUGAUCGGGAUGCAAAUCAACCUCCAGGAUAGCGGCACAUAUCUGUUCAUCAGUGAUCACUGCCACGUGAUCGAGAACUGGCGUGACGGCAUCCCGCAAGGCUGGCUAGCCAGAGAUCACCCUGCCUGGUUCCGCUCGACGCAGAGGCUCAAGCAGCUCGUGCGGACCACAAGAGGUCAGGUCAUCCCAGGACACGACGAGGAGACGUUCUUGAAGAUCAAGAACGAGAAGGAAUUGUACACAUAG